UUUGGGCGAUUGCUUUCUUCUUCCUCCUCUCAGAUGGUUAGGGGAGGGAAGGUCAGCUCCAAGCGUAAAUUUAGGAAAUGGGAUAGGUAUAAUGAUAAAGCUUCUGAUGAUUCAGACGAAGAUUAUGUAGUCUCUGAUGAAGAGAAUGAGGUCUCUGAUUACUCGGACGAGGAUUACUGUUCUUCUGUAGAUGGACAUGCAUCAGAAGAGAGUUUUGGUAGUUUUGUUGAGGAAGAGGAAGAGGAAGAGGAGGAGGAGGAGGGGACAAGGAAAAGGGUGAAGAAGGUCGGUAGAUCAAAACCCAAAAAGCGCGCGAGAAGGUUUAUUGUGGAAGAAGAGGAUGAGGAUGAGCAGGAGGAGGAGGAAGAAGUGGGGGAUGAGGAUCGUGAAGAAGAUGAGGUUGAAGAUGAAGAAAUGAAUGAGGUCAAGACGACAGCUAGAUCAAAAGUGCAGAUGGGUUUUUCAAGACCACAAAAGAAUGGGGUUAAACCAUCACAAAAGAGAAGAAUCAUGUUCAAAGAAGACGAAGUUGAUGAUGAUGAUGAUGAGUUCACGCCAAAUAAUGAUGAAGAAGAUGAGGUUGAAGAUGAAGAAAUGAAUGCGGUCAAGACAACAGCUAGAUCAAAAGUGCAGAGGGGUUUUUCAAGACCACAAAAGAAUGGGGUUAAACCAUCACAAAAGAGAAGAGUCACGUACAAAGAAGACGAAGUUGAUGAUGAUGAUGAUGAGUUCACACCAAAUAAUGAUGAAGAAAAUGAGGUUGAAGAUGAAGAAAUGAAUGAGGUCAAGACGACAGCUAGAUCAAAAGUGCAGAGGGGGUUUUCAAGGCCACAAAAGAAUGGGGUUAAACCAUCACAAAAGAGAAGAGUCACGUACAAAGAAGACGAAGUUGAUGAUGAUGACGAUGAGUUCACGCCAAAUAAUGAUGAAGAUGAAGAAGAUGAGGUUGAAGAUGAAGAAAUGAAUGAGGUCAAGACGACAGCUAGAUCAAAAGUGCAGAUGGGUUUUUCAAGACCACAAAAGAAUGGGGUUAAACCAUCACAAAAGAGAAGAAUCACGUUCAAAGAAGACGAAGUUGAUGAUGAUGAUGAUGAGUUCACGCCAAAUAAUGAUGAAGAAGAUGAGGUUGAAGAUGAAGAAAUGAAUGAAGUCAAGACGACAGCUAGAUCAAAAGUGCAGAGGGGUUUUUCAAGACCACAAAAGAAUGGGGUUAAACCAUCACAAAAGAGAAGAGUCACGUACAAAGAAGACGAAGUUGAUGGUGAUGAUGAUGAGUUCACGCCAAAUAAUGAUGAAGAAGAUGAGGUUGAAGAUGAAGAAAUGAAUGAGGUCAAGACGACAGCUAGAUCAAAAGUGCAGAGGGGUCUUUCAAGACCACAAAAGAAUGGGGUUAAACCAUCACAAAAGAGAAGAGUCACGUACAAAGAAGACGGAGUUGAUGAUGAUGAUGAUGAUGAGUUCACGCCAAAUAAUGAUGAAGAAGAUGAGGAAUUCAAACCAGAUGAUGAUGAUUGUUCGGAUGAAGAAGAAUCAAGGGCAAAAAAGAAGAAAAACAAUGCGAAAGCAGGCAAGCGGGUUUUGCAGAAAAAGGGUCCUGCAGGAGGCCGUAAAAGGAGAAGGAAAUCUAUGGCUUCAAAGAAGCCUUUAAGAAAGACACGUGGAUUCAGAAGGAAAGUAAGGUCUGAUGGUGAUGAUGAUGGUGAUUUCAUGGAUAAUGGCUUGGCUUUGAGAGACAAAGGUGAGAUGAGAAGGGCUUGGAAAAGGAGGCUGUAUACUGUGCCCUCAGAUUCAGAUUUUGCCUCGUCUGGAUCUUCUGAGUACAAGUACACCAUAUCCGAGGAAGAGAGAGAGCAAGUGAGAGAAGCUAGGGAGUACUGUGGAAAGCUGAAAACUAAUUUGAGAAGUUCAUCAGCGUCUAAUAAAAUUCAGGAGGAUGUGGUUUUGCAGCCAGAAAGAAAACCUACGGGGAGGAAGGGUAAGGAGAAGGUAGAGGAGGUAAAAGCUGAGGUUGUAAGGCAGGUCUGCGGGAUUUGUCUUUCUGAGGAAGAUAAAAGAAAAGUGAGGGGAACACUGAAUUGCUGCACUCAUUAUUUCUGUUUUCCCUGCAUCAUGGAAUGGGCAAAAGUGGAAUCACGUUGUCCUCUGUGCAAGCAGAGGUUUAACACAAUUAGUAAAACUGCAAGAAAUACAGCAGGAAUUGAUUUGAGGGAGAUGGCGAUACAAGUCCCUGAGCGUGAUCAGGUAUAUCAGCCAUCAGAGGAAGAACUCAGGAGCUAUAUUGAUCCUUAUGAGAACGUGAUUUGUACAGAAUGCCAUGAAGGUGGGGAUGAUGGCCUCAUGUUACUAUGCGAUCUUUGUGAUUCGCCCGCGCACACCUAUUGUGUUGGCCUUGGGCGAGAAGUACCUGAAGGUAAUUGGUAUUGUGACGGUUGUAGACCUGUUGCUACUGGAUCCUCAAGUUCCCCUGCUCAGACUCGUUUGUCUGACCAGAGAACAACAAGCAGCACCGUGUCUGAUAGAGCAUCAACCGUCACUAACUAUUUCAUUGAAGGUUUAGACCUUAAUUCAGUUUAUUCACAAGGAUUUGGGAGUCUUUCAUCUCCGAGGUAUCAUUUUGGAGGUUUUCAAGUGACCUCACCAUUACCUGGAGCCGGGGCACCAACACUAUUCGGGAGAAGGUUAAUACACCGCCAUAUCCAACAGCUCCUUUCUGUAAAUAGAAUGGGUCAUAUGGCUGACAGACAUGAGGGAAACUCAGGUGCUAAUUUGAUUAGUGAUCUGAAUUCUCCACUUGAUCAGGGGAGGGAAACACCACGUCAACGUGCAAGUACACAAGAAAUGGGAGUAGUUCAUGCUUUCUUUCGGGAAAGAUUACGUGAAAAUCUCUCAACACCAGUGUAA